GCCUCUUCCUAUCGGCCACCGUAGUGCGUAGACCCAACCCACGUGGUUAAUCAAAACAUCAUGGCGGCUGGUUUCAAGACUGCUGAGCCUCUGGAGUACCACAGAAGCUUUCUGAAAGAAAACUGUCGGCCUGAUGGACGUGAGCUGUCAGAAUUCAGAACCACAACACUAAACAUAGGAUCCAUAUCCACAGCAGAUGGCUCGGCCCUGGUUAAGCUUGGAAACACAACAGUCAUCUGUGGGAUAAAAGCGGAGCUGGCAAACCCUACAGUAGAGGCACCGGGGAAAGGUUACAUUGUACCAAAUGUGGACCUGCCCCCUCUCUGUUCCUCUCGAUUCCGGCCAGGUCCGCCGGGAGAACAAGCUCAGGCUGCCAGUCAGUUCAUCGCUGAUGUCAUCGAAAGCUCUGACUUGAUACAGACAGAAGACUUGUGCAUUGACAGAGGAAAGCUCUGCUGGGUGCUUUACUGCGACCUGAUGUGUCUGGACUACGAUGGAAACGUGUUGGAUGCUUGUAUCAUCGCCCUGCUGGCUGCUCUCAAGAACACACAGCUCCCAGAGGUCACCGUCAACGCAGAGACGUCUACGCCAGAGGUCAAUUUAGAAAAGAGACGUGGCCUGCAGAUUCAGAGACAUCCAGUUGGUGCCUCUUUUUGUGUCUUUGAUGACUCCAUCCUGAUUGUAGACCCGACGUCUGAAGAGGAGAGUCUGGCCACCGCUCAGCUCACUGUGGUGACGGACGAGGAGGAUCGACUCUGCACUGUACACAAACCAGGUGGGACGUCGCUGUCAGGAGAGAAGCUGCAGGAGUGCAUCAGCAGAGCAGCCACGCGACAGAAAGAGAUCCAGAAACUCAUCGACAAAGUCUUACUCAGUGUGAAGACCGCCCAAUGAAGAGUCUCAGACAACACUUUUUAUCUAAAAGCUGUAUUUUCCACUGUCAAUAUAUAUUCUUUUUUUUUUUAAUAACAAUAAAACUGCUGACAAAGAC